CUGAAGACAGAUUCUACGCGGAGGCUUUUGUGAAUUCAAGGUCAUGGCAGAGAUAUUUGGGUCUUGAGUAUAUUGAAAUAUCACACUCCGAAUGAAUCAUCAAAGUGGCCAACUCACAUUAAUAGCAUAUAAAGAUGCUAUUCAAACCUUAAAAAACAAUUUAAUCUGUGAUAGUGACAGUGGUGAUGAAUGGUUUAUUGAUGAGUUUGUUGGAUAUCCGGACGAAUUGGAAAUGGUCUACAGAAAGCCAAUACUACUUGGCAAAUCAAAUACCAACUGUUUAUUAACAAGUGAAUCUUUAUUGUCGGGUGAAAUUUUAGCAGAGUAUCGUAUAGUUUUCAGCCAUAGUUAUCAAGUGCCUGUUCUUUUAAUGCGUUUCCAGACAAAAAGUGGCCGUUCAUUACAUCAUGACAAACUGUGGAGUGAAAAUUUUCGUUCAUCUGUGUUUCCUCUUUCUGAAGUACCACUAUCCCUACAUGCCCUUAGUGAAAUCGAACAUCCACGCCUCGGAAUUCCGUUUUAUGAGUUCCAUCCUUGUAAAACUGCUGAUCUCAUGAAGGAAGUAUUUUAUUCGCAGCCUACUCAACUUAAUGAUCCGGUGAAAUACAUGAUUAUGUGGUUAAGUUUAAUCGCUUCUCCAUUUGGACUUCAUCUUCCACAAAAAUCGUUACUAACGUAAAACUUUGAGAGGAUCUCUAACAGUUGUGGAAAUUUAUGUAUAAUUAAUAAGCUUCUUUUUGCAUUCAUAUUUUGUAAAUUAAUCUGUUUUCAGUUAUUCAAUUAAAAUAUUGCCUUCAUA